AUGCGCCGACUGCAGAAGCGCCCGGGCGGCAUUCACCGGACGAAUCUGUACCGCCGCGGCCGGCGCGGCGGGCGGCAGCUGAGCCAGGACGAGCUGACGUCACGCCUGCUGCAGAGCCCGCAACUAGCGGCGGGAAACGCGGCGGGCUGGCCGCUGCUUAGCGCGUGUCUCUCCCCGUUGCCGUUAGCGCGUGAGGAUCGGGAAUGGAUUUGGGCGAAUGGGGACGAGAUUAAGGAGGGCUUAGGGCUUUUGAUGGCGGAAGGGGGGGAUUGGUGGGAGACAGUGGGAGAGGGUUCAGGGUUUGGGUCUGGGGAGGAGGGGGAAGCGGAAGGGGAAGGGGAAGAGGGGGAAUGGGAAUAUGGGGAUGAUGAUGAAUAUGAGGAAGGGGAGGGGGAGGAGGGCGAAAGUGAAGAGGAGGAGUGGGGAAGUGAGGAGGGAUGGAGAGGCGAAAGGAGAGGGAGAGACAACGUGGAGGUCAGAAGCGGAGCUGAUAAUAAGGGGGAUAGCAGUGCUGUGAGAAGAGUGCCUGCAGCAGGAAGGGCAGGAGGAGAGUCAGUGGCAGCAGCAGCAACGGCAGGAGCAGAAACGGCAGCAGCAGCAGCAGCGGUAGGAGAUAGCAGCGUGGGUGAACUGAGUCAAGAAUUAGGCAGGAGAGGUUUAGGGUUGCGGGAAGGGAGGGACGCUGGGGCUGGGGUUGCGGGAGGAGAGGAGGAUAUCCACGUGGCAGAAGAGGAUUCGUUCAACCCUGCCAGCAAGCUAGACGAGCUCCUAUACCUCUCGUAUAUGCACAGGGACCAGCCGGACAAGUCACGGUUUCUCAAGGUGGCAGGAUCACGGCUGGCGUUUCUGGGCGGGUUCGUGCUGGAGCUGGCUCUGGCGGAGAUGCUGCUGCAGUGCUAUCCCAGGGAGCCGGUAGCAUCACUCAGGGAGCGGGCCAGGGAGCUGGGAAAUAAGCGCCGCUUUCCCUUGCUCCUCACCCAGGCGGGGUUGGACCGGCUGGUGUUUCCAGGGGCUUUGCUCAUGCGCGCCCCCACCAACCUACGACAAAUGGCCGCCAAGAGUGUGUUCACCUCCCUCAUUGCUUCAGCCUACUUAACCCGCGGCAUGCCGGAAGUCUACAGGCUGCUGUUUGAGGUGUUCGGUUUGGACCCCGACCAUCCCGAGAUGUGCCCCAAGAUUGAGCGCGUGCGUGACGAGGAUUUCAUGCACGCUGACCUGGAUGGCGACCCGCUGACGUGGCGCGAUGUGGCGUGCUACCAGUCCCCAUCGGACUCCCUUUUCCCCAACCUGCGUCUCUUCCACGCGUGCGUGCCGCCCGGAAUGUCCCGAUUCCGCGGCUCCGAUUGGAUGCACCGAUCCCUGGAGGCGGCACUGAGAGCGCUGGCGUGGCCGAGACCAGCAGAAGCAGGGAUGAGCUUGGAGGCGAAGCAGAGACGCAACGAAGACAUGGUGAUGGCACUGCAGCUGUGCUUCCUGCACCCAUCCCUGCACCGAGGGGAGCACCCGCGCUUCUGCUACGACCGGCUGGAGUACCUGGGGCAGAAGAUUCAGGAUCUGGUCUUAGCAGAGAACCUCCUUCAGUCACACCUCGACGCACCGAUCCUCUGGCUUGCCGACCGCCAUACCACGUUGCUUCGGAACCGAGCCUGCGGCCGCUACCUCCGAGCCUCGGGCCUGCACGAUCACGUGGAGCUUUCAGACGAGUCGAAGCAGUAUUUUUACGCGAAUAAAAAGUUUCAGAACUUGGUUUCAGGAGCGGUGUUUCAGGCUGUUCACGGGGCGGCUUAUAUCGUGUAUGGGAAGCCGGAGGUCCGGCGGUUGAUGUUUGGGAUGUUUGAGAUUGAUGGUGGCACAAUGCACACUGCGUAA